UUAUGACAAAUACAGGACACAAAAUGUGUCUGUACACACAUACUGUAAAUAUCAACGCAAUUUAAUCGUUUUUUAAAAAGUAUCUAGUGUAAUAUUCUGUACCUGUAAAUUAUGUGUUACUUAAAUAUUUAAUUAGACCCACAGCAAACAUGACCGCCGUAUUGUUCGCCUUAAUAGCCUUGGGCUUGUGCGGAGUCCUAGCCGAGUACAUUCCUCCGGGACCCCAGUAUAGGUGCCCUAAGGAGAAGUUACUUCUGCACCCGUGCAGCUGCGAUAUUGAAUCAGACGAAGGCAUUACGGUUAGCUGUAACAACACGAAUUUGGCCAGCAUGAGCAUCGCCCUGAACAAUUUGGCCACGUUUCGUUUGCCCAUCCAGAAAUUGACGAUAUAUAAAUGUCAUAUCGCAAAAUUAUAUGGAAGCCUUUUGUACAAACUAAAUCUCAAAGUGCUGCAAAUAGAAGACACACCUAUAGAAACAAUCGAAGAACACACUUUUCUCGGAGUAAACGACACCCUUAACGAGUUUCAUCUAAUGAAUUCUAGCCUUAAGGAAUUUCCCACUUCGGCAUUUAAGAUCCUGGGAAACCUCACGCUCCUAACCAUCGACGGCCACAGGAUGACGGAGUUGCCCAAGGACGCAUUCGCGUUGAGCGACAUGACGGGCAAGCUCUUAAAACUCCAGAUCGCUAAUGGCAAUUUGACAACGCCGCCGCCGGAAAGUUUACAACCAUUAAGAAAACUGAAGACCCUGGAUUUACAUGGAAAUCAAAUAAAGGACUUAAAAAGGAAUCAGUUCAAGGGUUUAAGGGACGUGGAGGUAUUGGAUCUCAGUUAUAACGUCAUCCCGAAAGUCGACGCGAGCCAUUUAGCGGACUUAACGAAGCUCGGAUGGCUUAAUGUUUCUCACAACUCCCUCACCGAGAUCACGCGUGGAGCUUUCGCAAGGAACACUGUCCUGAAGGUGUUAAACAUGUCCUUUAAUAAAAUUAAACGUAUGGAUCAAAGUACAUUCAGAGGAAUGAGAUUUUUGAGGAGGUUGUACCUGUCAGAUAAUUUAAUCUCUGACGUCGGCAGAGGCACCUUCGGCUCCCUGAAGAGAAUCGGAACAAUAGAUUUAGCCAGGAAUUUAAUCAAGAAAAUUGACUAUCAGAUGUUCUACCAGCUCAAUUUUAUCGAGGCCCUGGAUGUCUCCGAGAACCAGGUUACUGAGAUACAGAAGUUGGCUUUUAAGGACCUGUAUCUGACUCACAUCAAUCUGUCCAAGAACAAUAUCAGUAAGAUUGAGACAGGAUCUUUUGAGAACUGCGCUAAUAUAACUAAGCUUGACAUGUCCUAUAAUCGACUUAGCGUUUUGGCGAAAAGAGCUUUUGAUGAGACCACCUACGCCACGGAGUUGCAGCUGUCGUACAACUUGUUUGAAAACAUGACACAGAUUCCGCUGCAAAACAUGACUGGCAUAAAGAUAUUGAACAUAUCCCACAACGCGAUCACCUCCGUCCCGAAGAAGACAUUCCCAAAGCUCUACGAGUUGCACACCAUCGACAUGUCUUACAACAAUUUAACGGACAUAUUCAAUUCAGUCUUCCAAACUUUGUUUUCAUUAAGGACGCUGGACCUAAGCCACAAUAAUCUCGAAAGCGUUAAGCCCAGAACUUUCGGGGCUGUGCCGACUUUGCUCAGGCUCGACUUGAGCUACAACAACUUGAAGUCCGUCGCCAGGAGCGGGUUCACGAGACUAGCCAGCACCAGGGAGCUUAUCCUGAGGGGUAACCAGCUUAAGACUAUGUUCCAAUUGCCGAUAUCGGUUUCGCAUAUGGAUUUGUCGUACAACGAUUUCGAGGAGUUGCCGCCUAAGUUGUGGCCCAGCAUGAAUUCACUGCUCAGUUUGGAUAUGAGCCACAAUCGGUUGGGGGACAGUCUGGGGGAUGGAGCUUUUACCGGGCUUUUGACGUUGCAACGGUUGAAUUUGAAUUACAAUGGCAUGACCAAUCCUCCUCUGUCCGCCAUCAGCGAACUGACUUCGCUGCAGUAUUUGUAUUUGGAGGGUAACAAUAUGACGAACUUGGGACGGAACGCCUUCGGGAAGCUACCUGUUGUCUUCGAAUUGAAUUUAGCCAGCAACAACUUGAAUAACAUCAGCUCCAGGGCUUUCGAGGGACUCCUGCAAGUACUCGUACUAAAUCUUACGGAUAAUAACCUCACUUAUAUCCCCAACGGGGCCUUCCAGGGUUUGGUAGCUCUUCAGACCUUGGAUCUAUCAAAUAAUAAAAUUGCCAAAUUGGAUAAUAAGACCCAUGGGUUACUAGAUGAUUGUUUAUCCUUAGAAAGGCUGAACCUGAGCCGCAACAAAAUAAGCUUCCUGACCAGAAAGACGUUCCCGAGCAACCCAUACAUUCCUUAUAAAUUAAAGGAGAUCGACCUGUCUUACAACUUAAUGCCCGUAAUAACGUUUGAUCUCACUUUCGGAACGUCGAAAUUGGAAAAGUUGAAUCUCUCUCAUAAUUCUAUCGCAGACAUUCGGAAAGGUGUAAUCGGAAAUCUCACCCGCUUGGUCUCGCUAGACCUCUCCCACAAUAAAUUAUACGAUUUGACGAGUGACAAAGAAUUCUUCCGUCUCCCACGGAACGCUUCCGAGAUAUAUUUAUCAAACAAUCAGCUGAACGAUUUGCCCUGGUAUCAUUUGACGAAUGUUUCCCGUUUGUCUCUCCUCGAUGUACGGGAUAACCUAUUCGAGGAUUUCGGCCCGCAACUCACGGACAUGGUGGUGAAGGGUACAGAUGUUUACUUCGAGGGUAACCCGCUCAGAUGCGACUGCUUUUUGCGCCCUCUGUCGCGCCACUUCAGCAAUCAAUUAUCUUUAAAGCCCUUCUACAGGAGCAUAAGAUGCGUCAGUCCGCCUUACUUGUCGAACCAUUCUUUGUUCGACCUACCCGAGGAGAGAUUAAAUUGUCCCUCGAACGUUAAUACCACCAGGAUCAUGGAGAGGCAGGCCGGCGAAUAUGGCAUUUUGUCCGAUCUGAGAUUCAGGGAGUUAUCGCAGAAAAAAGGAAUCUUUAAAGUGAAGUGGCGAGUAAUGAAGCACUCCGACAUCGCAGACACCACUGUAUUUAUCAGAGACGUUAAGAAUCCCCAAGAUAUAGUUUUCCAGGCGACUUUGCCUUAUUUCAAGCGAAGUUUGGAGAUCGAUACCACGGGUAAGCUCGGUAAAAAGUUGCAGGAGGCCACCGAACACCAAAUAUGUCUGGUGGCCAGGGACAGCAAGAAUUUCGCUAAGACAUUCUACCAGGAUCAGUGCAAAGAUUUAAGAGAGACGAUAUCGGGCGCACCUAAAUAUCAGCAAGGAGUUAAUUUUGUUUGCUCCUUUUUGCUGCUACAUUUGUUGUUGUAUUUGAAUUUGUGAUAUGUAAAAUAUGUAAAUAAUAUAUUUUUCACAAUAAAGUGUUAUUUCUA